AGAGGGAGAGAGAGAGGGAGGGAGGGAGGGAGUGGAGAGGGUGGGGGGGAGAGAUAAGAGAGAGAAGAGGAAAAGGAGAGAGGAGAAGGAAGGAAGAAGAAGGAAGGAAGGGGACAAUACGAUCAUGCUGUGCUGUAUGAGAAGAACAAAACAGGUUGAAAAAAAUGAGGACGGAGACCAAAAGAUCGAGCAAGAUGGCAUCAAACCAGAAGAUAAAGCUCAUAAGGCAGCCACCAAAAUCCAGGCCAGCUUCCGCGGACACAUAACAAGGAAAAAGCUCAAGGGGGAGAAGAAGGGAGAUGUCCCAGCAUCUGAGACUGAUGCCGCUGACAAGAAGGAGGAAGGCCCUGCUGGUGGAGCAGCCGAGAACAAAGAAAGCGAGGCUCCUGCUGCCACAGAAGCAGCCGCCGCUGACAGUGCCCAGCAGGAGGAGGGCAGCAAAGACAGCAGCGCGCCAGCGGAGGAGAAAAAAGGAGAUGGAGCCGCCGACACGGGCUCAGAGCAGCCAGCCCCACAGGCUGCCACUCCUGCUGCCUCCUCAGAGGAAAAGACCGCUGCUGCCGCUGCCCCCGAAAGGGAAAGUGCCACUAAAGCUUCCACUGAUAACUCGCCAUCCUUGAAGGCUGACGAAGCCCAAGACAAAGAGGAGCCUAAACAAGCCGACGUGCCUGCUGCUGACACCACUGCCACUGCCACCCCUGCUGCAGAGGAUGCUACUGCCAAGGCAACAGCGCAACCCCAAACUGAGACAGUGGAGAGCAGCCAAACCGAAGAGAAGACAGAUGCUGUAGAAGAAACCAAACCUACUGAAAGUGCCCAGCAGGAAGAGGUGAAAGAAGAAGAGAGCAAGGCGGACCAAGAAAAUGCCUGAACAUUAAGAAAUUACUCCCCAUUGCCCCUCCCUCCCUCCCCCUAUCCUCUAUCCUUCCUUUCCACCCCAAUCUCGAUUUCCCCCCUUCCUGCUCACAUCUGUGAGCCUGUGUCUGUCCCUCUCCCAUUACCACUUAAACCCUUUUUCUCUCUGUGUGGCAAACAUUUAAAGAAAAAAAAAAAAGCAGGAAAAAUCCCAGUCAAACAGUGUGGCUUAAACAUUUCUUUGUUUCUUGGUGUUGUUAUGGCAAGUUUUUGGUAAUGAUGAUUCAAUCAUUUUGGGAAAAUUCUUGCACUGUAUCAGAGUUCUUUGACCUGGCGCGUGCGUGUGUCUGUCUGCCCACUGCGAGCGCUCUCUCUCUCUCUCUCUCCUCUCUCUCUUCUCCAAGUGUGUGUGUGUGCAAUGUUACGUUCAUCUGAGGAGUCCAGACUUACUGAGUGAGUUAAAACAAGGGGGAAAAAAGGUUCUUUUCUUCCUUUUUCAAUGUGAUGGAAUGAACGAAAGAAAAAACAAACAAAGGACCUAACACAACAAAUGAACAAAAAAGAAUACUAAACCCCAGUUUGUUUUCAGAACUAAAACAACAACUAGAAAAUGUGCCAAUUAGCGUAAUGCUUGGCUCCAGGCUCCUUUUUCAAACUGAACAAUAAUUAUAAUAAAUGAGAAUAAUUAUCAUUAAUACCACCGUGUCGCAUUUCUAUGCUGCUGUACAUCCUGCUGGCCUGUGGUCUUUGGUGAGCCACUUGCGUGGCCCAGCUGUGCUCCUUGGCCACAAGUCAGUGACUGCUCUCCUUGGCACUGCUGAGGGGAUUUUAAGGGGAGCAGGCUUGGAUUUUGAGCAAGAUGUUAGCACUGACUAACAUAAAUAAUGAAAGUAGCAAGAUCAGUUUUAGGAAAGAUCACUGAAAGCAUCCUUCUUGGAGACCUCUAGGCCCUGAUUUGGGGAACUAUGGUGACCUUGGAGGUAUGAGCCAGCAGAGGGACCAGCUUUGAUCUAUGCCUAAAGUCUAACCCCUGCCAAGGGCUGUCAGGGGACAGGGCCCUAGGACCUGAGCUUCUCGCUACAGUAGCAUGAUGCUCAUCCCAUUGGGCUGGAGUUGAAGUCCCUGAGUAGCAUAGUGUGGCCCCCAAAAGUGUUCUGUUUGGCAAAAUAAAUUGGGCCAAUUUUUAUUCAAUAUUUAAUAAAUAGGCACACAGGCAGGACAAGGCCUGGUGGCCUAGGAGCCAGUUGGUGGCACUUUGAGAAAUACCUCAUUCCUGCUCCUGCUGAACCCAGGGUGUUUCAUCCAGCUCUAAUGAGGGCCAAGGCUUUCAGCUGUCAUUUAUGGCUGUGGGCAGAGCCCCACCUCCUAAAUGUCCACCAGUGCUUCCCACAGGUUGCAGGGCUGUUCCUUGGUGCCACCUGGCCUGUCCUAGUGGAAGACUGACAGACACCAAACCCUGAGCCUGUGCAGCCACGUGGGUGUGCUGCUGUCCUUAUGAGCUGUGAGAGCAAACAGCUAAAAUACAUUUAGUAAUAUCUGGGCUUUCAUAAAAGCUAAUUACUGCUCUUUCACUGCCCUGAUUAUUUUAAUGUGCUUUCCCAGCAGCUCCUGCAUGGUUUCCUGGCCUCAUUGAAAAUGACAGCCAGAGUACCCUGCAUUAUAACUGUGUGAUUCUGCAGGACCAGGAUUAAAUUGUCCUCACAGCAGGAAGACCAAAAGAUGGGAAUGCUGACAGCUCCAACAUGCUUUGGUGGCUGAUGCUUCUUGGAGUGGUGGCCCCAUGGCCUUCAGAGGGCUGGAUGGCACUCCUUGUCCUACUCCUUUGUUCUCCUCCAUCUCUUUGUUGGAAAUAGGGAGAAAAGAUGAACAGUGUCUCCUCAGAACUGAUCACUUUGAACGUAGACUGCUCACUGAAAUUGCCAUCAAAACAUGUCAGGAUUAAUUUCCAUGUGCUUCCUGGAAUUCUGCAGAAAUAAGAGAGAGAGAGACAGGGAGGUUUUUUUUCUAAAGAGAGGGAAAGAGAGAGUGGGAGAUAGAUUGGACAAAGAUUUUUAAAAACAGGGAUUAGAGAGAUGAGGGGAGAAAAGAUUUUCGAGUGGAUAGAUGGAUGAUAGGGAGAGAGAGGGGAGUAUAGCUAGAGAAAGAAAGAUUAGAGUGCAAAAGAUGAGAGAGAGACAGGAAGAAAUUAGAUAAUAUGGAGCAAUAGACGAUUGAUAGAGAUAGUGAAACGUAGAUAGCUAAAGUAGAUUAGACAGACUAAAUAGAUAGAAAGAUGGGCUGACUGACAGAUAGGUAUUGUGUCAUACUUCAUAGAUGAUAUAUAUGCUAAUAUUCCCAUGUCAUGAUGGGUGGUAAACCCUGAGACACCUUCCAGCCUGACCUCAAUUCAGCAAAUGUAGCUCAGACAUCAGGCAUUGCUUGGACCGUAUGUCAGGUCUCACCACCCCACCCAUGUCUGCCAUGGCAGCAGCGGGAUGUGGAUGGUGUUUGGGAGGGAGAGCUCUGAGGGACACGGGGGCUGAGGCGUAGGGAGGAGAGGUGUACAGAAUGUUUGCUGUUUGUAACACACAAGGGGCCAGCCCAGCGCAGACACUGCAGACACCCCGUGUCUCUAGCACCAAGUUGAGAGAACUGAGGCUCAUCUCUCAGGAUUUGUGGGAGAGGUGUUUGGGAGGAGGCAGGAAGGAGGGGCCAUAUUUUUUUGUUUGGCCUUAUAUCCUGUCAUGACCAUUUUAAAAAGGUUUUCUGUCUUGCCUGUUUCUGCAAAGACCAUGUGGUUUCCCUGCUCUUCUGAUUUCAGACCCCAAGAUUUCAUCUUGCCUCCACUUUGCUAUUACUAUUUUUAACUUUAUAAGGAAAAGAAAACCACUUCUCAUGUCUUCCUGAACACAGGCCUUCCUCCCUCCUCAAAAAAUUAAACAACUUUCUCUCCCCAGGGAUGUUUUACCUUUGUAUUUCGCAUGUUGCCUCCCCCUUGGCUGAUGGUUGGGGCAUCAUGCGUGUUUUGUCACCGUUUGUAAAAACAUACUUUGCCAUGUUGCUUAGAGAUCAAAGGGUUGGGUUUUGUGUUUUGGUUUUUUUCCCCCCACAAAGAGAACAGGAUAUGUGGUUACCAACUGCAAACCUAAAUAAUUUAAAUACUAAUUCCUCUCCCUUGGUUCCAGUUUAAAAUUACUGGCUGUAACCAAGCACCCCCUAUCUUUAUUAUUGUACCGUGUCCUGAUCCUGCCAGAGAGUCAGGGCAAAGAGAGCGUGAGAGAGAGCACAGAGACAAGCCCUGCCUUGAGCAGGCAGUGGUUUAAUGUGUAAUACACAAGAUUUGUAUAGGAAGCUGGGCUGUCUUCAGGGUACAGGAAGAGAGCAGAGAAAAGCAUUUGGAUUUCCUUGAGUUGCCUCUUCAGCCAGAUUUCCAAAGGCUAAAAGGAAACACUAUAAAAGAUGUAGCACGGGACAAAAACUGGAAAGAGAACAAGGGUAUUUGAGGAAUGAUUUUUCUAGCAAGACAUCAAGUGAGCUGAAAGCAGAAGAGGCAGGAGGUCCCAGAAGCAAAGAGUGGGCAAAAAGUCAUCAGCAGAGUAACUGAAGCUUUUCUACUACUCUUGCUGCAACAACCUACAGGAAUUCCCCAGGGAGUAUGUACCUAAUUCUCUCUCUCUGAAGAGGAUAUAGAUUUGCCUGGAGGUGCCUGUGGUUGUUUUGUGUAAGAAAAGGGCAGGGUAUGUCAGAGUGACUCACACUGGGAAUAUGGUGCCUGACCUCACCAUGGCGUGCUGUGGAAAUUCAGAGUCCUAGAGGGGCUUUUUUCAUGUGCCUGUCGUAAGAUACUCUAGUGACCCACAGCUAUCCUGAAUGCUCCUACCAGCUGUAGGCCAGUUCUUGACAUUUCACGACUACAUUUCACUAGACUAAGCUUUAAAAAAGUGAAAAAAUUCCAACAUAAACUCCCCGUCAAUGCAGUAGAUUGUAAGCAUGAAUUUGGUCUGCUUUGCAAUGCUUGUGCCAUUCUGACUGUCUGCACUGAUAGCAGAUGAAACCCCACAACCUUUGCAAUAGUUGCAUCAGCCAAGGAGCUUUUUCAUGAGCCACAUUCCAAAGGGAGGGGAAGGGCAUCCGGCUGAGAUCCCUUCAGACCCAGUGUUUUCCAAUCCUAAACCCUAAAGCCCCGUGAGAGGCUUUAGCCAGAAGGAACUCACCCGUGGUGACCACAUAAACAGCAUUGCUUGGGAAACAUAUUACUCCAGAUGAAAGAAAUAGCUAUGACUGAUGGAGAGGAGUUUAGGAAAAAAGGAAAUAAGAAAAAAAGGAAGAGGGAAUUCAUACCAAACUCCCCACAGCAGUUAGUUCUUUUUUCCUGUAGUCUCCAAAUGGCAAACUAGCACUUGUAAGUUUUCAUACUGAAGGUCUGAUGUUUGUCAUAGGUGUCUUAGGAAGGAAAUGGAGUGGCUGCGGCUUGCGGAGGUGGAGGGAAGGGUUUGAUUGAAUGUUUUUGUGGUUCCUCUUGGCUAAGAAGUCCUCUUGGUGGUCACCUGCAGCUCAGCAGCACCAGAGGUGACACUGGGGAUCCUCUUCCAGGCCUGUGCUCAGAUUCCCUGUUUUUCUGCAUUGCCACAUUAGCACUUUCACUGGAUAUUUAGAGCACCUCAGGACUGGUUCUCCUCUCGCUCACACUGGGGUAACUCAGGAGUCGCUCCACUGGAACCAGUGGUGUUAAUCUGGUGUGAAAAUAAUGCGAGAGGAGGAUUCAACUCCUCGUGGGGGGGGGGAUUUUCCAGGUCCCCGAGGGGGAAAAAAAAUCAAUGGGAGUUACAUGUCUAACUGCCACUUGUGCCUGUGAAAGUCUGCCCCUUAUCUACCUAUAUGUAUAUAGGGUACAGUUUUCAGAAUAACCUAAGUGACACGGGCACUUGAGAGCACACAUUUCACUGGCUUUCAAAGAGACGCAAGUUCCUAAGGCCCAGAUGCUGAAGGAUGUCCAAACUCCUCUCUGCAGCACAUCUGGGGGUCUCAGGCCUGAAAUUCUCCAGUCAUUUCCCAAAAUGGAACUGAAGAUCAUGAGUCAUUUAGGUGGUCCUGAAAGCGCUACCCUCUAUCCAUUUUUCAGGGUGUUGAUCUCAGGUCAUGUGCGAGCCUGCAUUCUUACCUACAAUGCUUUAUUACUACAUUCUUCUGUUGAGCAAUACUUGGAAGAAGAGGUGAAGGUCGAGAUUUGCAGAACAGGCUAGUGACCCCAGUGGCUCACAUCUGGAGUGCCCAACUUGAGAGACACCUCACUGGGGUCCAAGCCACAGGUCCCCUGUAUGCUCUGAACAUCAAGAUUCAUGUAUUACACACCCAGAACCACUGGUCACUUCUGAAAAACAGAAAUCCCAGCCUGAGACCUAGACUACUCUCAUAAAAGAAAAUCCCAGGUGAACUGUUCACCCAAUAGCUUGGUUUUUCUGCUCAUGCCUGUUCCCAAUGAAUAAAACAAAUCCCUGUGCAUCACCUAAGCCCUAUUUUGAGGAGUUUCACUGGCAUACAGCUGAAGUAACACAGUAAUAAAUCGGGGCCUGAAGAAGGUGGCUACAGCCUAGAGAGUAUCAAGAACUGUGAUGUGUCUGGAAGCUCAAAAGAGCAGAACUUGACAAUUAGAGCGGCCCAUUUCCGAUGCUCUUGUGUGAGGAUCUGGAAAGAGUCUCUCACUCAUUGUACUUGUGCAUUAUGAAUGUGUCCAUCUGCAGAGAUCUAAUGUACACAUAUGUCCUGAAUAUUGUCCUAAGGUUGCAAGCUUAAAAAAUGAGCAGAAAACAUUCCCGAGAAGUGAGAAUAAUACAGAUGUCUGUAUUUGAAAAAUUGGUUCAAAUAAAGUCUCUCACUUAUAGA